AUGGGUAGUCGCAAGCCGGCACCACCAGCAGAGCUCAUAACAUUCAACGCAGUUCCUCCUUCUGUUAUUGCGCCCAUCCCAGUCUGGCCACUGCCAAACUUUAUCAAAACAAACACGGUUGCCCGUCCCAUCCACCCACUCCCAUCUAGAGUGAGGCCGACGAUUCAUAUCGAGACCCUUAAGAAGCAAGUGGACGCUACUCGCUUCAGGCUCCAACCCAUCUUAGGAGCAUUUUUGUAUCGUUUCAAGGACCAGCACCAAGGACCCAUCUACAGCCUCACCAUGGAACUCGACAAGGUCUGCGCUGACCUACACACUGGAAUGUGCACCUACAUGUUCAUCGAGAAGCAGGUGAUCAACACGGUCUGUUUGGAGAUAGGAGGGAUCAGUUUCAAGCAGAUAGAAAAAGAGGAGAGACUACAGGAGAUUGCCAAGGCUCUGGUUUUUAUCGCAAAGAAGCGAUACCUCAACUUUUUGCAAAGAAUGGAUGACAUUCUGCAUAUAAACAUCGAGUCAGCACACGACAGAAGCACCCCACAUGCCUCGCAGCACAAUUCACCAGAACCUGCGCUGGGACUGCAGGAUACUGCAUCACAAGUUGGUGGACCAGCAUCCCUGACACCAUCACUUGUAUCUGCCUACGUUCCACCCAUCUGGGAGUUUGAUGAACACCAAUUCGAGCACCUAGAAGAUGCUCUCAGACAGUCUGCUCCUGGAGAAGUCCCGGAUCACAUACGUGAAUGGGUAAUCAUCGCAAUGAAGCUCACGGUCACUACUGAAAUUGCCAAGUUCUACAAUGUGCUCGGAAACAAGAUUGAACACCGACUUAAGGAGGCAGUUCUCCAGAUGGAGAUCGGAAAGCUCAAAGAUAGGAUCCUUGUGCAAGAUGCGCAUAUGGCAGUUUUAAAUGAUGAGCUCACGGGAACCCAGGUGGCAAUGCUCGACACAGACAAAGAAAUGAUGGAAAUCAAGGCAGCUAACGUUAAGCUGCAGCAUGAGCUAGCUUUGCUCAAAGCAAGCGGCGUCACUAUGAUGCAAGGUCAAACAUCCAGCAUGGUUCAAUCGCACAAGCCAUGCAUCAAAAUAGCUGAACCUCCAUACUACUCAGGCAAAGGAAGUCUGGAGGACUGGCUCCAACAACUCAGCAUAUGGAUGCGGUGGAACAAGAUAAACGAUGACGAACACAAGAUUACCACGGCCCUGUUACAUUUAGAAGGUGGCACAUUCACAUACAUGUCAGAAUAUGCAACCAAGGCAGCAGCACGGCAAGCACUCGGCACAUGGGAAGACUUCGUCGAUAUCCUCAAAGUGAACUACAGGACUCUCGACUCGGACAAGGAUGUGCAACAGCAUUUGAAGGAUAUCUGCGACAAGACGUAUCCCACAAUGGUAUCCUUUGCAGAACAGUUCCCCCAAUGGGCCACUAAGACCAAUCUAGGGCACACUGCACUCAUCAGUUACAUCGCUGAACACUGA